AUGUCUGGGACAUCACUCCAAGACCAUUCAAAGCAGGAACUAGCUGCAAAGAUCAUUCAGAGAUCCUGGAAAAAUUUCCUUAAUGUCGCUGUAUUCCAACAUUUUAAAAGUCUGAUUGAUUUAAGACGACAAGGGGAGCCACGUCAGAUAGUGAAGUUUAUUAACCCUAAAGAGGCGGAACUCCUAGAUGCUGCUGCUGGCAUUCAAGUCCGAUUCAGGCUAGGUGGGGUUAAAUUUCCACCUGAGAUAUACUAUAAAAUUUUUACUCAUAGACAUGUUGAAGAUCUGGGUGCUAACAGCCCUAGAGAUUACACAAAGCUUCCAGCAAGAUACACAUCUCAUAAUAAAGAUGACCCACCUCAGGUUGAGGACCAUAGUGGUUGGUACCGCCGUAUAGAGAACAAUGGCUGGAGGCCUGUUUCCCAUAGAUUUUGGAUACCACUUGAAAAUGAAGUGUUGGAAAGCACAAAGGAAAGUGAAUUUCAUUUCUCUAAAAUGAAGAGAAAGCAAGAUAUGGAAAAGAAAAGAAAAAUUAAAAAGAUAGAAUGGAUGAGGCAAAUGUACUACCAAGGAAACCUGGAAGCCAAGACGACACAUCAUGAAACUGUAGGCCUAAUUCACAAAGCAACAAAAGGACUAAUCAGGAGUAUUGAAGACGGAGGGGUAGAUUCUGUGAUGGAAUGGGAAGUAGAUGAAGUAGUGAACUGGACAAAUACACUCAACUUUGAUGAGUAUAUUGCUAACUGGAAAGAAACUGCUACAAGCAACUCUUCAGCUAAUUUAAAAGAUGUCAGACUUGAACAAAUACAGAAAAGCCUAUAUGUCAACUAUGGAGAUGGGUCAGAGGCUCCAAUAGAAGAUGAGGAUAAUUACUAUGAAAAUACUUACAUAAGACGUCCCUUCACUCGCCUAACACCCAGUUCCACGUAUGGAAUGAAACCAUAAAGGACUUCCUUUUCUAAGCAACGGCCCUUUAAGCCAAUUCUUCAGUUAAAGCCAAGAGACUGUGUAUUCUGACUACAAUGACUUGUGUAUAUAUUA